AUGACCACAACUGCCUACAUCUUCUCCUUGGUUGGUUAUGCCAUCGGUAUUGGCAACGUUUGGCGCUUCCCAUAUGUCAUCAGCAAGAAUGGAGGUUCAGCUGCAGUUAUGGCCUACUUGAUUUGUGCAGUUCUGGUGGCAUGGCCCCUCUUUAUUUACGAGAUGAUCCUGGGGCAGUAUUUACGGAAAACUUUUGUGGCAACAUGGACCCACAUCCGUCCUCGAUGGGCUUCAUUUGCAUGCGCUCAAUUCCUGCUCCUUUUCAUUGCGCAGACAUACUUCUCUGUCGUCAUCACAUACACGCUGCCCUACAUCGCGGCCAGUUGCGAGCAUCCGCUGCCAUGGACAGAGUCCUCAUCCACAGAGUUCUGGUCCAACAGCAUUCUGAACAGCUAUCCAGACCUGAACAGUAAGCCUCCAGGCUUGGGGCCCAUCCAGUGGCGCUUGGCCGUCUCCCUCUGCAUCUUUUGGCUCAUCACAUACCUUUCUGUAGCGUUUGGCAAGGGCAUUCUUGCUCAGAUCACCUAUGUGACAGUGAUCAUGCCUGUUGUUCUCAUGGUCAUCCUCGUAGUUGUCACUACGCAACAGGAGGGUGCACUGGAUGGCAUCAGGUACUACAUAGGCAAGUUUGAAGUGUCUCAACUGGCACGACUGGAUGUGUGGGCAACAGCCCUGGGGCAAAUCCUCUUCAGCUUAUCCCCUGGCUUCGGAACGGCGAUCACUUAUUCCAGUUUCGCCAAAACUAACGAAGAUGUCUACCGUGCUGGUUUGAUUGUUGCUUUCUCCAAUUCAGCAUUCUCACUCUUGGGUGGAUUCGCGGUCUUCUCGAUGGUGGGACAUCUGGCUGACGACAAAGGCCUGCCGGUGGAGGACGUGGCGACGAAGAGCGGAACUGGCCUUGCCUUUGUUAUCAUCUCUGAAGCAAUGACGCUCUUUGGAGACUUUCAGAACGUGAUGUCGGUACUUUUCUUCGUCAUGCUCUUUACCCUGGGCUUGGACUCCUCCUAUGCGUGGACAGAAACAAUCGUUAGCUGCGUGGAUGAGUUUCUGGGACAAUAUGGAUACAAGCGACCCAUCUGGCAGACGUCGUUGUUGCUGUGUAUCAUCAUGUUUUCUCUCGGCUUGAUCUUCACGACGCGUAUGGGGAACAACAUCCUGGACGUCAUUGACAUGUUCGUUGGCACAAUCUUUCUUCUUGCCGUCUGUUUUGUGGAGUCCGUUGUCUUAAACCUUGACGUGGGUUGGCAGCGCCUCACCUGUGCGCUGAAGACUGCCACGCUCGGCAACAAGCGGACUCCCAACGGCCGGAAUCUAUUCCCGCAGUGCCUUUGGCGCACUGGCUUGCACGUGACAGUUCCUGCGGCUACGAGCCUGCUGUGCCUCUAUCAGAUCAUCAGUGUGAGCCAAAAGCAGUAUGGAGGAUAUCCGACCAGUCUGGUGGCUUGGGGCUGGAUCUUCUUGGCUGUCUGUGUGGGGGUGACAUGCGUCACCAUCUGGAGGCGCGAUGCAGGCUCACUUCCGAAGGUUGAUGAUGACCUGCGCUUGCAAGGCGUGCUCGAGCCAGAAGAGGAGAAGAACAACCAGGAGCAGAGCCAGAAGAAGUCGACAGAGGUCUAG